AUGUGCGAGUGUUGCGUGAUCGAAGAAUAACAUUGGAACUUAAUCAUAUGUGUUGCGGUGUCCGGCGAAGAUGGCGGGGGAUCAGGAGCAAUUUCAGCAACUAUUAACAGGAUUAUUAAAUGUAGAUAACAAAGUUCGACAGCAGGCUGAGAACACCUAUGAUCAGAUUGCCUCUGAAACCAAGUUCCAGCUUCUCUUGGCUAAUGUAGUCAAUAAAUCAGCGAGUGAAGAUGCAAGAGCAAUGGCAGCUGUGCUAUUACGACGGCUCCUCACUACAAGCUUUGAUGAAGUGUUCCCAACGUUACCCCCAGAUUCUCAGAGCCAGGUCCGGGCACAGCUGCUUGCAUCAGUCCAGCAAGAGGAAGAUUCAAACAUGAGGAAAAAGUUGUGUGAUAUUAUUGGUGAACUAGCACACAACAUGAUUGAUGAUGAAGGCAACAACAAAUGGCCUGAAUUUCUGCAGUUCCUCUUUGAAAGUGCAUGUUCACCCACAAUACCCCACAAAGAAGUGGCCUUAACCCUUUUCAGCUUGGUGCCAGGAGUUUUUGGAAAUCAACAACAGCAACAUCUUGGAAUGAUCAAAGCUAUGCUAACAUCAUCACUGGCAGACUCAGCAAACCCCCCAGUUCAAGCUCUUGCAGUGAAAGCUACAGCUGCCUUCAUUCUCCUACAUGACAAUGAGCCUAACAUACAAAGGAACUUUGCUGAUCUCUUGACUCCAUUUCUUCAGAUCAUAGCAGCAAGUAUUGAAGUUGGGGAUGAUGAUGCUCUUUUGAAAUGCUUGGUAGAUUUAGCAGAAAGUUGUCCAAAAUUCCUCCGACCACAAGUUGAAACUAUUUUGCAACUAGCAAUUAAGGCACUGCAGGAUCCAAAUGUUGGAGAUUCCUGGAAACAUCUAUUACUAGAAGUGGUAGUGACGCUCGCUGAAACAGCCCCUGCAAUGGUUCGGAAGGCUGGUGCCAAGUAUAUGAACUCCCUUAUACCUUUGAUGCUGAAUAUGAUGACUGAUCUUGAAGAUGAAGAGGACUGGAGUGUCAGUGAUGAACAAGCUGAAGAAGAUAAUGACAGCAACUCUGUAGUAGCUGAAUCCUCUCUAGAUCGCCUUGCAUGUGGCUUGGGAGGCAAGACUGUGCUACCUCACAUCAAUGCAACAUUGUCACAGAUGCUACAGAGUGACAACUGGAAAUGUCGGCAUGCUGCUUUGAUGGCCAUAUCAGCUGUAGGAGAGGGUUGCCACAAGCAGAUGGAAGUCAUGUUGCCCCAAAUUGUUGAAGCAGUUAUAGGAUUCUUGCAAGACCCUCAUCCAAGAGUUCGUUAUGCUGCCUGCAAUGCCAUUGGUCAGAUGGCAACAGAUUUUGCCCCAGUGUUCCAAAAGAAGUUCCAUGAAAGUGUUGUCCCAGGUCUGCUACAUGUAAUGGAUGAUGGAGUUAAUCCAAGAGUGCAGGCUCAUGCUGGAGCAGCACUGGUCAACUUUUCUGAGGUGUGCCCAAAGAAUAUCCUCACUAACUACCUUCCAACCAUUAUUGCAAAGCUCGAAAGUAUUCUUGCUGCCAAGUUCAAGGAGUUAAUGGAAUGUGGAACGAAGCUGGUCCUGGAGCAGGUUGUGACCACUAUAGCCUCAGUGGCUGACACAGCAGAAGAAAAGUUUGUUGAGUACUAUGACCGCUUUAUUCCUUGCCUCAUGUACAUCAUAGAGAAUGCCAACUCGACGGAAUUGAGGCUACUUCGAGGAAAAACCAUUGAAUGUGUGUCUUUAAUAGGUCUUGCUGUUGGAGCAGAGAAGUUCUUAACAGAUGCUGGGAAGAUGAUGGACCUCUUGCUUAAUGCUCAAACUAAUCAAGAUGACAUGGCUGAUGAUGACCCUCAAGUCUCAUAUCUUAUAUCUGCCUGGGCUCGAAUAUGCAAGAUUAUGGGGAAACGCUUUGAGCCCUACUUACCACUUGUCAUGGGACCAGUGUUGAAGACUGCCUCUCUAAAACCAGAGGUGGCUCUGUUAGAUAAUGAAGACAUGAGUGCUGUUGAUGGAGAUGAUGACUGGCAGUUCGUAUCCAUUGGAGAGCAACAGAAUUUUGGCAUUCGCACUGCAGGACUGGAGGAAAAAGCUACAGCGUGUCAGAUGCUUGUUUGCUAUGCAAGGGAAUUAAAGGAUGGUUUUGCUGACUACACAGAACAAGUUGUCAAAUUGAUGGUUCCCAUGCUGAAAUUCUAUUUCCAUGAUGGAGUUCGGACAGCAGCAGCAGAAUCUCUUCCAUUUCUGUUGGAAUGUGCCAAGAUUAAGGGUCCUCAGUAUUUAGCUGAAAUGUGGCAGUAUAUGUGUCCUGAACUGCUCAAGGCAAUAGAAACAGAACCUGAGAGUGAAGUCUUAUCAGAGCACAUGUAUGCUAUGGCCAAGUGUAUUGAAGUUUUGGGGAUGGGUUGCCUUAGUAAUGAACAGAUCAAUGAGUUGAUAAGAAUUCUGGACAAGUCUCUCAAGGAACAUUUUGAGAGAGCUGUCAAAAGACAAGAGCAACGCAAGGACGAGGAUUAUGAUGAGGUCGUUGAAGAGCAGCUUUUGGAUGAAGAUGAUGAAGAUGUCUAUGUACUGAGUAAAGUAGCUGACAUCACUCAUGCACUCUUUGCUGCUUAUGGUCAGCUCUUCUUUCCAUAUUUUGACAUCAUCCUCCCUCACAUAACCAAGCUCCUUGGGUCUAAUCGACCAUGGCCUGACCACCAGUGGGGCCUGUGUAUAUUUGAUGAUGUUAUUGAGUAUGGUGGUCCAGCAUGUGAUAAAUACACUGAUCAUUUCCUCCAAGCAAUGCUUGCAUUCCUGUCUGACAAACAAGGGGAAGUUCGUCAAGCAGCUGCAUACGGUUGUGGAGUGCUGGGCCAGUUUGCAGGCCCAGCCUUCGCCCAAGUUUGUGCUCAGGCCAUUCCACGUUUGGUCCAAGUUAUUCAAGAUGCAGAUUCUCGUAAUGAAGUCAACCUCAACCCAACAGAAAAUGCUAUUGCUGCAGUCACAAAAAUUUUGAAAUAUAAUGCAUCUGCUGUUAAUGUGGAUGAGGUUAUUCCAUUGUGGUUGUCAUGGCUUCCUGUUUGGGAGGACACAGAUGAGGCUCCUCAUGUGUAUGGUUAUCUCUGCGAUCUGAUAGAUAAUAACCACCCACUGGUGUUGGGCCCAAAUAAUGCUAAUUUGCCACGCCUAAUGGUGAUCUUUUCAGAGGCUUUCAAGAGGGAAGCUGUUGAGAAAGAUGCAGAAGUAACCAAGAGAAUGCUCAACAUUGUACGUCAGUUGCAAGCUAACCCAGAAAUGUUCCAAGCCUGUAUUAGUCAAUUAUCCCAAGAUCAGCAAGUUGCCCUUCAUCACUACCUCACAACGUAGCUGAUUGUGCACUCUUUAUGUUGCCUUUUACAAUUGCCCUCUUUUCAAUAUAAGCAUUAUAAAUUUUCCUCAGAUUUGAAAUUUAUGAUAAUAUCAUUGCUACAUGUCAAAAGCACUAUUCAUCUUACAUCAUUAACUAAUGCACAUAGUCAUAAAAUAUUUUGUUUACCUUAAAAGGUUUUGCAUUACCUAUUUUUUAAUAUAGAUGUUUUUAUGAAAGUGAUAGUCUUCAAGAAAAGCAUAUGAAUAUAGCCUUCUUGAAAAUAUAUUUUUCCUUUCAUAGUAUUAAGAAAUAUGUGAUUGAAUUAAUGGUUAUCAGUUAAAGUUGGUAUUCAUUUUUUUACAUAAAAGCUUUUGAUAUUAUUCUGAAAAAAAUAUUAGAUAUUGUUUGACAGCUUCGGUCAUCAUCAGUAUAUAUAUAUGAAUGACACUUGCUCUGAUGUUGGUGGAUACUAUUUAUGACAAUUGCUCGUAUAUACACAUACACAUGUGCACACACACACGUAACAUAGCUAUGUAUUCUCCAGAUUCAGCAGCAUAUUCUGUUUUUGAAGAUACAGGUUACUUCUGAGAAUAUUCUAGGAAUCAAUUUAAUUAGAGCAGAUAAGUAAAAGACAGGUGUUGAACAAGUUUCCUUAAGUCAUUCCACAUAUUAUCAGUACCCAAGUAUAAAAGGGAAGAAUGGGAUGGACUAUUGUGCCUCAGAGUGCACAAAUUGUUAUAAGUACAUAUUUUUAGGCAACUUGCUUCUGAUAAACUAUGCUGGUCAGGGCAAUUCCUGCAGUCUUUAUUUAUUAUCUACAUAAACCAUUUUCCUCCUUUUACACCUUUGCACUUAAGUAUUGAAGUAUCCUGUGUGAAAGCUGUGUUUUUGUAUUCAGUGAUCUUUUACAUAUACCCAAAGUACCUAUGCAUGUAUAUAUGCUAAUGCAUUUACACACAUGCUCAUACUCACAGUUUGUUAUUGUAGACCUUUAUGUGUGUUAUAUAUAUAUAUAUA